AUGAUCACUUCUCCAUCGAUAGUUGAGAUUCAUUACUCUUUACCGACACCAGUUAACCGGAGCCCGAGAUGGUUCAAACUAAUCAAGAACCAUCUUCCAGACAAAAACAUCAGAGUUGGUCUUCUCAACAUCGCAGAAAACGAGGGUGAUAGCUACGAGGCAACGGGGACGUCGAUCUUGGAGAAUGUCCACGUGACGUUAGAUCCUCUUCCGAAGAAUCUGACGUGGGAGAGUUUGUAUCCGGUCUGGAUCGACGAGGAUCACAAGUGGCACGCGCCAGUGUGUCCAGAGGUGCCUCUCCCUCGUGUGGAAGGCUCUGAUGCUGACGUGGACGUCGUGGUUGUGAAAGUGCCGUGCGAUGGAGAUUUGGAGAGUAAAGGGUUGAGAGAUGUUUUAAGGCUACAGGUGAAUCUUGCGGCGGCGAAGCUGGUGGUGGAGAGUGGGGCGAGGAGAGUUGACCGGACGGUUUACGUUGUGUUUAUCGGGUCAUGUGGUCCCAUGCAUGAGAUCUUUAGGUGUGAUGAGCGCGUGAGGCGCGUAGGGGAUUAUUGGGUGUAUAGACCUAAUCUAGACAAGUUGAAGCAAAAGCUUGUCAUGCCUGUUGGUUCUUGUCAGAUUGCAACGCAGGUUGCUCAAUUAGAUCAAGAAGCAUGGAGACAGCAGCAGAACAAAACUCUCAUAUCAACAACCACAUUAUCAUCAUCAUCUGGUGCACAACGUUUUGCCUACGUGACGUUGCUCCACUCAUCAGAGGUCUACGUAUGCGGGGCAAUAGCCUUAGCACAAAGCAUAAGACAAUCUGGCUCGACGCAUGACAUGAUACUCCUUCAUGACGACUCCAUAACAAAAGCAUCUCGCAUUGGCCUAAACCGUGCGGGGUGGGAACUACGGAGGGUAGAGAGAAUACGUAGCCCUUUCUCCAAGAAAGGUUCUUACAAUGAGUGGAACUAUAGUAAGUUACGUGUGUGGCAAGUAACCGAUUACGAUAAGCUAGUGUUCAUAGACGCAGACUUCAUCAUAGCCAAGAAUGUUGAUUAUCUUUUCUCCUUUCCUCAACUUUCUGCUGCUGGCAACGACAAAGUGUUGUUCAACUCCGGAGUCAUGGUUUUGGAACCAUCAGCUUGUUUGUUCAAGGAACUGAUGCUGAAAUCAUACAAGAUCAAGUCUUAUAACGGAGGAGACCAAGGGUUUCUGAACGAGUAUUUUGUGUGGUGGCAUAGGUUAUCCAAACAUGUGAACACGAUGAAGUACUUCGGUGCUGAAAGCAAGAACGACCAAAAGCGCCAUCUCCCAGACAAUUUAGAGGGGAUACACUACUUGGGACUAAAACCAUGGCUAUGUUACAGAGACUACGAUUGUAACUGGGACUUGAAAUCACGGCGUGUGUACGCAAGUGAGUCGGUGCAUGAGAAAUGGUGGAAAGUGUAUGACAAGAUGCCGAAGAAGUUGAGAGGCUAUUGUGGUUUGACUCGCAAGAUGGUGAAGGAUAUUGAGAAGUGGAGGAAAACGGCAAAGGUUAAGGGUUUACCUGAAAAGCAUUGGAGAAUUCAAGUGAAAGAUCCAAGGAAGAAGAACUUUCUUGAAUAAGUCAGUUAUAUAUAGCGUUUUGGAUUUGAUUUGGUUUGAAAGCUAUGAGGGCAUGCAUGAAAGCAUUGGGGGAAAGAGUUAAUGGAAUCUCAUAUCUUCCAACUUGGAUCUGAGUGAUGGCAUUAAGGAUAACAAUAAAAUCAUUGUUCAACUUGGAUCUCUGCAACUUUAGUUUCUGAUCUAAACUUCUGAAAUGCUGAUGUAUGGGUGGUUCACUGGUUAACCAUACAUGAACACUGCUGAGCUAUGAUUGUGUGUAUACGUAAUGAAAAACAUACUUGUAUUUGCGUUUAGAUGUUGAAAUAUAAUGAUGAA